GUGGAGAAGAUUCCACAAUCAUUUGAAUCAGUGGAACAUUACCUUGGUUCAUUUUUCUUCCCCUUACUUGAAGAAUCAAGAGCAGAUAUUGCUGCUUCCUUAAAAGACAUAAACAAAGCACCUUUCGCCGAGUUGAUUUCCAUUGAUGAAGUAAAGCGAAAUGGAUCGUUGGUUUUUGAUGUUAAGGUUGACUAUUGGAGGAAUACAUGUAGUGAUGGUACACGUUAUAGGACGUCGCCCGGAGAUAUUUUUGUUAUGUCAAAUGCUAAACCUGAAACUACUUAUGACUUGCAGCGACCGGGAUGCCAUUGGACGUUUGCAUUUGUUACUGAUGUCAAUAAGAAUGAAAAUGAUGCAUCGGCUAGUUUUAAAGUCAGAGUUCCUCCACAUAAUGUAAUGCGACGAACGUUCUAUAUAGUGUUUUUGGUAAAUGUGAUGCCUAAUAGCAGCGUAUGGAAUGCAUUGAGAAUGCAAAAGAAUUUGAAUAUAAUUGAGGAAGUCCUGUACCCCGUGCACGAGAAACGAAUCGAACAGAAAUGCGAGGUUUGUUCCACAUCCACUAAUGAUGGAUUAGUUGGAGAAGUUGUGUGUAGUCCGUGGUCCAAGUUGAACGAUUCCCAGGCUAAUGCAAUCUUUACAUGUCUUGCCACUAUGAAAUGUCACCACAAGGCUUCCGUCAAACUUAUUUGUGGUCCGCCUGGUACAGGAAAGACUAGGACACUAAGUGUAAUGCUCUUUACGCUGUUGCAAAUGAAGUAUAGAACUGUUACUUGUGCUCCAACGGACGUAGCAACAGCCCAAGUUGCUUCAAAGUUGGUUAAACUAGUCCGGGAAUCAUCUAAGAAUGAAUUUGAAGGCUUUUUUCCUUUAGGUGAAAUUCUCUUGUUUGGGAAUAACAACUAUGAUGAGGGUGAAGAUAUUGGGAAGAUUUCCCUCAAUUAUCGUGUUGACAGGCUGGCGGAGUGCUUUGAACCAACAACCGGUUGGAAUCAUUGUGUUAGUUCUAUGAUCGGUUUUCUGGAGGAUUGCCAAUACAUCUCAUUGAUUGAUUUUGCCAGAGCCCCAUUUAGGUCGACAGCUUCAUCUCUCCGAAAAUGCAUGCUUAUAAUCUGUACUCAUUUACCAAUAUGUUUCAUUCGAAAAGAGAACAUUGAAAGAAUGACGAGCGUUUUCUCCUUACUGGAUUCUCUUGAGGGGAUGCUAUUUCAAAAGAAUGUCGUAUCUCUUGAACUAUGUCAGCAAGCAUUUGGAGUGUCUUCUUCUAAGUCAUUUUUGGGUGACUUGUCUUUACACAGUUUCUGUAGCCGGUUGCUUGUCCUUCUGAAAGAUCUUCAGAAAUCUCUCAGGAAACUGGAUCUUCCUUGUGCAACGAGUAAGGGUCUUAUAGCGGAGUUCUGUAUCCAAAUGGCUUCCUUGGUUUUCUGCACUGCUUCUACUUCAUAUAAGCUACAUUCAGUGGAUACAAAGCCAUUUGACUUAUUGGCUGUUGAUGAUGCGGACAAGUUGAAGGAGUGUGAAGCAGUAAUACCCCUUCAACUUCGAGGUUUGAGGCAUGCUGUUCUGGUCGGAGAUGAGUGCCAAUUAUACGCAACAGUGAAGAGUAGAAUUUCUCAUGAAGCUGGAUUUGGAAGGAGCUUACUCGAAAGACUCGGCUCGUUAGGUCAUGCAAAGCACCUGCUUAACGUACAGUACAGGAUGCAUCCGUCAAUAAGCCAGUUCCCGAAUUCAGUUUUCUAUCGUAAGCAAAUCCUUGAUGCACCUGAUGUAAAGCGUAAAGGCUACGAGAAAAUGUAUCUUACGGGACAGUGUUUUGGGCCGUAUUCUUUCAUAAAUGUACCGUGGGGAGAAGAAGAGUUGGAUAAUGUUGGAUACAGGCGAAAUUUAGUAGAGGUUGCGUUGGUACUGCAAGUAGUGGAGAGCUUGUUCAAAGCUUGGAGUGCCUCCAAGAAGAAACUCAGCAUUGGUGUUAUAUCACCGUAUGCUUCUCAAGUUUUGGCCAUACAAGAUAGACUUGGACAGAAGUAUAAUAAGGAUGCACAUUUUGAAGUUAAAGUGAACACGGUUGAUGCAUUUCAGGGAGGGGAAGAAGAUAUUGUAAUAAUAUCUACAGUGAGAUCUAAUCGUGCUGGGUCCAUUGGCUUUUUGUCAAGUCUUCGUUGGACUAAUGUUGCGUUAACCAGGGCCCGGCGUUGUCUCUGGAUAUUGGGAAAUGAGCAAACAUUACUUGCUAGCAACUUCAUCUGGGAAGCACUAGUUCUCGAUGCCAAGGAUCGUCAAUGCUUCUUUCACGCAGACGACGAUACUGACAUGAGAAAAACAAUUUUAGAUGUGAAGAAAGAACUUGAUCAACUUGAUGAUUUACUAAAUGGGGAUAGUAUUCUGUUCAAAGAACAAAGAUGGAAGGUAGUGUUCAGCGACAAUUUUAGAAAAUCAUUUCAAAAGCUGGCAUCCUCUUGCUUGAGAAAGUAUGUGUUAACUCUUCUGGUUAAGCUUGCUAGCGGAUGGCGGCCGAAGAGAAGUAAUGUAGAGUUAGUUUGUGAAAGCUCAUCUCAGGUGGUUAAGCAGUUCAAGGUGGUUGAAGGGCGUUAUGUUGUUUGUACCAUUGAAAUUCAAAAAGAGUUCUUUCAUACACAAGUUCUAAAGGUUUGGGACUUAUUGCCUUUGGAGGAGGUUGCGGGUUUCUUAAGACGUCUUGAUAGGAUAUAUUUAAUGUACACCGAUGAAUUCAUCAGCCUCUGCAAGGAGAAGUAUUUUGAGGGGGAUUUGGAAGUUCCAAAGAGUUGGAAGGUUCAUCGUGAUAUAGUUCAGUAUAAAAAGGAUGUCGAGAGCAAAUUGAUUUGUGGCUCAACUAGUACACUCGAUGACAUUGAUUAUGUUGAAAAAUCAAGAGUGAGUGAAAGUUUGUUGUUAAUGAAGUUUUACUCAUUAUCAUCUGGUGUUGUCUCGCAUUUGCUCUCCGAUCACCAUGGUGAAGAAGUAGAUAUCCCUUUUGAAGUUACUAAUGAAGAGAGGGAGGUAAUCCGUUUUAGUAAAAGCAGUUUCAUCCUUGGCCGCUCAGGCACAGGAAAAACUACUGUGUUGACAAUGAAGUUAUUCCAAAAGGAGCAACAACACCAUAGUUCUGUUCAAGGAUUUAGUGUAGCGGAGGGAAAGGAGGUAAAUCAAUGUGCAUGGGAAACGAGAAUUAGAUCAUACAAGGAAAAUGAAGAGAGCCAAUGUAUUGGAGAGACUAGCAGGACAACCUUGCGCCAGCUAUUUGUGACAGUUAGUCCCAAACUAUGUUACGCUGUCAAAAAACAAGUUUCUCAGCUACAAAGGUUUGCCUGUGGAGGAAGUUUUUGGGCGGAAAGUAGCUUCGAAGUUGAUGAUUUGGAUGGAAUGAAGCAGUUUAAUGACAUACCGAAUUCCUUUAUUGACAUUCCAUACCAAAAAUACCCUCUUGUGAUCACAUUUCAUAAAUUCUUAAUGAUGCUUGAUGGAACUGUAGGUUGCUCCUACUUUGAUAGAUUCACUUUGAAGUGGAAACUUUCCAAUGAAAGAAAUUUGAGGUCAGUUGCUGUACAAACUUUCAUAAGAGAGAAGGAGAUCAACUAUGACCGCUUCUGUUGCUUGUAUUGGCCUCGCUUCAGUAGUCAGUUGACCAAGAAUCUUGAUUCUUCAAGGGUCUUUACUGAAAUAAUCUCUCAUAUAAAAGGAGGGCUGCAAGCAGGGGAUUCUCAUCACGGAAAGCUAAGUAGAGACGCCUAUAUUUCAAUGUCUGAAUAUCGGGUCUCCAAUCUCACUGCGGAAAAAAGAAACGGAAUGUAUGAUAUUUUCCGAGCUUAUGAAAAGAUGAAGAUGGAGCGUGGUGAAUUUGAUAUAUCUGAUUUAGUUAAUGAUCUCCAUCAUCGACUAAAAUGUCAUCAUCUGGAUGGUGACAAGAUAGACUUCGUAUAUAUUGAUGAAGUUCAGGAUCUAACAAUGAGACAGAUUUCUCUUUUCAAAUACAUUUGCAGGAAUGUUGAUGAAGGUUUCGUUUUCUCUGGAGAUACAGCCCAGACAAUUGCGAGAGGAAUAGAUUUUCGAUUUGAAGACAUAAGAAAUCUAUUCUACAAUGAGUUUGUCAUGGACUCAAAGGGUGACAAAGCUUCCAAAAGAAUAGAUAAAGGACACUUGUCAUGUGUUUUUCAGUUGCUUCAAAAUUUCCGCACUCAUACUGGUGUACUCAAGCUUGCUCAGAGUGUGAUUGAUCUACUUCGUCAUUAUUUCCCUCAAUCUGUAGAUGUCUUGAAACCUGAGACAAGUCUUAUAGAUGGUGCGGCUCCAGUGUUGCUCAAGCCCGGAGAUGAUGAAAAUGCUAUUAUAACUAUUUUUGGGAAUUGGGGCAAUAAUGUUGGCAAAAUAGUAGGCUUUGGUGCAGAACAGGUAAUAUUAGUUCGUGACGAAUCUGCCAAGAAGGAGAUCUCUGGUUUAAUUGGACAGAAAGCUCUUGUUUUGACCAUUGUGGAAUGCAAGGGCUUGGAAUUUCAGGAUGUACUCCUAUACAAUUUUUUUAGCUCAUCGCCACUUGGAAAUCAGUGGAGAGUUGUAUAUGAGUUCAUGAAUAACCAAAGUUUAGCCGAUUUAUCCUUCCCAAGUUUCUCUGAUACAAGACAUAAUGUCUUGUGUUCUGAACUGAAGCACCUUUAUGUGGCAAUUACUCGAACGAGGCAAAGAUUAUGGAUCUGUGAAAGCGCAGAUGAGUUUUCUAGGCCUAUGUUUGAUUACUGGCAAAGGUUGUGUCUUGUGAAAGCGAGGGAGGUCGAUGAUUCAAUUGCAGAAUCUAUGCAAACUUUUAGUACUCCGGAGGAGUGGAAAUCAAGGGGAAUGAAGCUAUUUUGGGAAAAGAAUUAUGAGAUGGCAAUAAUGUGCUUCAAGCAAGCAGGAGAAAUGAAUUGGGAGAAAAGAGCAAAGGCAGCUGGUAUCAGGGCAGCUGCUGGACGAGUUCUUUAUUCAAAUCCCGAAAAAGCUCGCGCCUAUCUUCUUGAGGCUGCUGAACUAUUUUAUUCUAUCGCCAGGUUCGAGUCUGCAGCUGAGUGUUUUUAUGACUUGAGGAACUAUGAACGAGCAGGAAGUAUUUAUUUGGACAAGUGUGGUGAAUCUAAACUUUUAGAAGCUGCUGAAUGUUUUUUACUGGCCGGUCGCUAUAAGCGCGCAGCAGCAGUUUAUGCAAAAGGAAAUUAUUUCACAGAGUGCCUGUCUGUUUGUACCAAAGGAAAAUGUUAUGACUUAGGUCUGAAAUAUAUUGAGUACUGGAAGCAACAUGCUGCCCAGGGUACUAAUAUCGGGAAAAGUGCUGAUGAAAUUGACAAAAUUGGGAAGGAGUUCCUUGAGAGUUGUGCAUUUAAUUAUUUUGAGCUUAAGGACACAUCAUGUAUGAUGAAAUUCGUCAGAGCUUUCCCAUCAAUGGACAUGAAGCGCAAAUUCUUGACGUCUCUAAAGUGCCUUGACGAGCUGCUUUUGUUAGAAGAAGAGUCAGGAAACUUUGCUGAAGCUGCAGAAAUCGCACGGUUGAAGGGAGAUAUUCUUUGUGAAGCUGAUAUGAUCGGGAAGGGAGAGGAAUUCGAUAAGGCAUCCUCACUCAUCCUCUUGUAUGUACUCUCUUACUCCUUAUGGAUGGCCGGAAGCAAAGGUUGGCCUAUGAAGUCGUUCGUACAAAAGGAGGAUCUUUUAACGAAGGCGAUGUCAUUUGCGAGUCAUGGGACAAGUUUUGAAACCACGUGCAUUGAGAUUAAAGUUUUAUCAAAUGAGUCAGGUGAUUGGUCUGACUUGAAGCAUAUUUUCAGCGCCUCUCAGAAAUGUAGAUGUCUCGUAGGUGAAAUUUUAUGCUGUAGAAAAAUGUUGGAUUUUCAUUUCCAGAAUGAUGCAGCGAAGUAUGUUUGGGAUGAUAAAUUAUCGGUCAAUCUACAGAGUUCAGGAGAACUGCUUUCGUGCUGUAAGGUUACUGUUGGAACGCUGGUUCAGUUUUGGAAUUCGUGGAAGAAAAAUGUCUUUGACGUUCUUGAUUCUCUUGAGUGCCUCGGAGAAGUAAAUUUUGGUGAAUUUAAGGGAGUUGGUGAAUUCUGCUUAAAAUACUUUGGUGUAAGGCAGCAGUUGAAUGGUCUCAACGUUUCAUAUGUUCUGCUGCAUCCAGAGGCCGAAUGGGUCAAAAAUAUUCACAACUUUGUCAUUAGACGGAACAAGCAGAUUGUAUUUGUUGAUGCUCGGCAUUUUAUUUCUGCUGCUCGGAUACAUUGGCAUACAGAAUUAGUCAUAGUCGGUCUGAAGGUUCUCGAAACUCUUGCAUCCGUAUAUGAGUUGGCUGCAAAGUCAAUGCCUCUAUUUUGUCAAAGCAUGUGCCUACUAAAUAUAUACGAGAUUGCAAUGUCUUUAAGUGAGUUCAAACACCAUGAUUUGAACAAUUUUGAGGGGAGAAUUCAGAACUUUCUGACACUAUCUACAGAGUACUUUGAAAAGGUAUUCCCCCUUGACCCCCGACAAUCAAUGGUUGAAAGUAUGAUUUCUUUAAGGAGAACAAAGCUUUCCUGUGACUUACUUCAAGAAUUCAUCGUUCAAGAUAUUGGCAGCAGUUAUCCUCUUAGCUAUGGACAGAUUGGAAGGAUUGUGAUCAUAUGGCUUAGUUCCGGAAAAAUUUCCGACGAGCUGUACAAGAUGAUUGUUGGAAGAAUCCCAUCAGAUGCUCCCUUGAAAUCAUUCAUUGAAAUUCUCAGAUGCACGAAACAGAGAGGUAGCGUGGAAGAUUUUCAGUCUGGCGAUUCUGUUGGUGGCGGCAACUUGUUAGAAUUUCAAGACAUUCUAUCAAGUAACUGUAAUCUUGAAUGUUCUUUGGAAUCUCUGAAUAAUCCAGUUGAAACUAUGGAGGUUACGUUAUUGCGGAUAUUUUAUGAAGAUUUGCAGGAUACCUUCAGUGCGAAUUGGAAGAAAAUGGAUGAGAAUUGGAUGAAAAUAGGUGACUGUUUAUCUCCUUGUUGCUUCUUGUAUCUCGUAGAACGCUUUCUGAUUUUGGUAUCUCAGUGUCGUGGAUUCUUCUUCACCGCGAAAUCUUCAUUUGUGGAAUGGCUGAUCUCUGAGCAGUUUGAAGCCCGACCAACUUACGGGCAUGCAAUUAACACACUGCCUUUAGAAGAGUUUUAUGACUCCAUUCUUGUAAUGGUACAAGAAGUCAUUUAUGAUAAGGCUGGUAGAGUUGAGUGGAUUGCACGAUCUAACAUUAACGUUGAUCUGUACUAUAAGCAAAUGGUCUUGAGAUUGGUUCUUAUCCUGUGCGUACUGUGUGUGAACUGUGAGAAAUACUUUGAUGUUCUUUUUAAAGCACUCAGCAUCGAUGAUGUUAGGAGCCAACUUCCAGAGGAAAUUUAUGCCAUUCUUCAACGAGGAACAGAGAAUAACGAUCUUCAGAUUAGUGAAAUUGGACAAGCUUUUCAAAAGGGCGGAGAUCCUCUUCUGGUUGUCAACCUUGAUGAGACUGUUGCAGAAAUUGAGUAUUCCAAUGUCAUUUCUGUCCGGCUGGGAGCAAACUGCAGCAGAGAAGACAUCCUGAGUUUGUUGUUUCCAGCGAAAACUUGCAGUUCACUAAUUCAAACUUCCACUGUUCGAGAAGUCAUUUCUGAUCCAUGCGCUAACUUUUCGUCACAUUGUGGUAAUCAACCAAAGAGUUCAACAAUGCGACUGAAUUGGUUGUCGUUUCAGGAAAUAUCAGAUGUCUUGAAUUCUAGUGGUAGUGAUGAGUGUGGAACUUCAGCAGAUUUCUCAACUCUUAAUUUGAAGGAGGAAAUGAAUGCUAAUGUGAACUAUUUGACUGCUGCAAUUAAUCUAUCCUUGAGUGAGACGCCUUAUGCUUGCGAGAACAUGGUGGAGGAAGCACGUAAUAUGCUUCAGGAGUUGAUACAACUCGAUUCAUUGAUGAAUACGAGCCCUCUGGAUAGGGGAAGCAUUGAAAAAUUGUUAGAGAGCUUGUUGUCAAAAAAGCCGAACCUAGAAGUUUUCUUGAAUCAGUUCAUUGUGCCCGAGGAUAACAGCUGGAGCGUUGCAUUAAAGAACCAAUGCGAGGAAAUACUUGAUGUAGUGUGUAAUGAAGUUGCUGCAACGGAUUCUGAGACCCGAGUUGGUGAUCAGGGCGCGGGAAAAAAGCAGGGUAAAGCGAAGGGCAAGUUCAAGAAACGGAAAGGAAACAGGAAGAAGUGAACUGUACUUUUUGUGCAUCUUUGUGCUGUGAAUAACUAUGAGUUGAAAUGAACUCUUCUGUAAGAUGUUCUAAAGGAAAUGAUAUGUAAGAUAGUCAAGUAAAAGAAAGUAGAAAGGAAUAUAUGUAUCUGUCCUUUGUUUGCAAUGAUUCUUAGGGUGAGUGCUCUACGAACGAAAUGUUUUUCAAUUUUCCUAUGUUUUGUUA